GGCAAAUCCCGACGUGGGUCCCCGGAAUGCACUUCAUGAGAAAGGUAGCAGAGGUCAGGGAGCUCGCCAGAUGAUCGAUGCGCCAUACGAACACGUUCGUGCGGCUAUGGCUCGAGGAGCUGCGCGCAGUUGUUUCCUCACGACACUCCUUGACGAAUGCGCCGCAGACGGGACGAUCUCUGACUAUGAUAGGGAAGACAUCAAAGGUGCCGUCAACAUUGUUUACACGGCGGGAACUGACACGACGACUACUGUUCUUACGUCCUUCAUGCUUGCAAUUGUACUGCAUCCCGAUGCACGAGAGAAGUCUCAAAACGAGAUCGACGCUGUUGUCGGCAGCGAGCGGCUCCCCGAAUUCGAGGACCGGGCGGCUCUGCCAUACCUUGAAGCUCUGCUCAAGGAGGUAUACCGAUGGAAUCCACCUAUCCCGCUUGUCUUGCCCCACCAAGUCACCGAGGACGACUCGUACGACUCGUACACGAUACCUGCCGGCUCAAUGAUCAUACCAAACGUCUGGGCAAUCAGCCGUGAUCCGGAAUACUAUGCGGAUCCGGACCUGUUCAAGCCCGAACACUUUCUUUCUGACAAUCCAGACCCAGACCCUCGUGCUUUCGUCUUCGGUUUCGGUAGGCGACUAUGCCCUGGCCAAGCUUUCGGGGACUCCUCCGUAUGGCUCGCUGCAUCCCGCAUCCUUGCAGCGUUCGAUGUGACGAAAGCACGCGACGCUGCAACGGGCAUGGACAUCGACUUCACGCCGGAGUCACGGUUCAUUUCGGGGAUGAUCAGUCAUGUCAUUCCGUUCCCAUGCGAGUUGCGACCGAGGUCGGACAAGGUCGUAGCGUUGAUCAGAGAGUCUGAGGCCGCGUACUCGAUGUGAAGGACCAUCGUAAUGUGCAGUGCUGAGACUUAAUAUAUUCUGCCAUUGUUUCGUUGUCAUGUACCAUGUGAAUACGCUGUCCUGUGCAAUGGAUCAUCUCCCAAUGGCUUAGGCUAGAGCAAUC